UGACGCGGAGACCCGGCAGCGGGGAGGCGGGUGGGGCGGAGCGGGGCUCGGGCGGCCGCCGCCAUGGACCCGUUCCUGGUGCUACUGCACUCGGUGUCCACCGGCCUGUCGGACGACGAGCUGACCGAGCUCAAGUUCCUGUGCCGGGGCCGCGUGGGCAAGCGGAAGCUGGAGAGCGUGCGCUGCGGCCUGGACCUGUUCGCGGUGCUGCUCGAGCAGAACGAGCUGGACGCCGAGCACACGGAGCUGCUGCGCGAGCUGCUUGUGUCGCUGCGGCGCCAGGACCUGCUGCAGCGCCUGGACGGCUUCGAGGCGGGCGCGGCGGGCAGGGCCCCGCCGGAGGAGCGAGACCUGCGUGCAGCAUUUGACAUCGUCUGUGAUAACGUGGGGAGGGACUGGAGAAGACUGGCCCGGCACCUUAAAGUGACAGACGCCAAGAUCGAUGCCAUCGAGGAGAAGUAUCCCCGCAACCUGACCGAGCAGGUGAGGGAGUCGCUGAGAGUCUGGAAGAGCGCCGAGAGGGAGGACGCGACAGUGUCCCACCUGGUGAGGGCGCUUAGGGCCUGCCAGCUGAACCUGGUGGCCGACCUCGUCCUGGAGGAUCAGCAGGCCCGGGAGAAUGAGAGCGAGACUGCGAGCAGUGGAGGUGGGGACAAGAGCCCCGCCGAGUCUCUGACGUCCUGGGAUUUGAAUGGGCCUGCCUUGGGGGGCCCCUGGUGACCCAGCUGCUCUUCUCCAGGGGCCCGAGGGCAUCCACGCAGCCCGAACUUGGGUCCCCCCCCCACCACCAAAGUUGACCAAGUGCCUUCCACGCGCCUGUGCUAUGAUGACCUAGCAGGGCACCAGGACAAGGGACCCCGGCGCUCGAGCCACAGCUGGCUUCACGGAGUGGUGCCCGGGGGGUUCAGCCGCCGUGCAGAUGCUUUCAUUCGUGCCUCAGGAUCGCCCUUGAGAGGGAGGGUCUGUUGUCCCAUGAGAUGAGCCCUGUUCGAGGAAGUUUUGGAUCCAUGCCCAGCAGGUAGAAGGAACGUCAACGUCAGUGGUGCUCAGUGCUGUUACUCAGCAGGUGGGGACCGUGUGCAGUCCGUGGCUAGACAAAGUCCGUAGCAGUGGGAGAGCCGGGGGUGGAACCAAGGCUGUCGGGCUCCAGAGCCCACACGGUGACCACUGGGUCACUCUGUUGCUGCCACAGUUGGCCACAGGCUUUGAGGCCAUUGGCUAGACCCAUACACCAGGGCAGGCGGUGUGGAGGUCCCUGGUGGGGUAAUGGCCCUUGAGGGUGUCCGGGGGCGGGGGGGGGGGGGAGGAUAGUAAUACUCGUGAGAACGGCCUGCGAUAGGAUCGUCCAGUGUUCGGGCGGUGGAUGCCCUCGGUGCUUCACCAGCGGGAGUUCUCAGAAAUACUAUGACUUCUGUGAUGCCACAGUUUACUGUUUUGUAUCAAAAUCACUAUUCUGAUAACAGGAUCCUGUAAUCUUAAAAAGUGGUCUUUCUGCUUUUAUGGUAAUCCUAUUAAAGCUUAUUCUUUUACAGUGGAAA